AUGUCAAACCAGCCCACAAACGGAAAAGACGACGAUGAAAUCCCCCCACCGCAGCGUCCGCCGUCCCCGCCUCCGCACACGACGUUCGCUGCCAGAGGCAUCCAUGCUCCAACAUUCUCUGCGUUCAGGCCACGGGACAUCCGCAUACCGUCCCCGCAGUCGAUGAACCACAUCGCGUGGAGCUGCGACGGAAAGAGGCUGGGUGCAGUCGGUAUUGAUAAAGUUGUCAGGGUGUGGUGGCCUGAAAAAAGCAUGGAGUUACGAUCGGCUACUAUCUUCUCUGGUGGCCAUUCGGACGAUGUGGACUAUAUGUCGUGGAAUCCCACACAUCCGGAGCUAUUCUGUACGUCAAGUCAAAGGGACCGCAGAAUCGUCUUUUGGGAUGCGCGGCAGAGCCGAUAUAUACAACAGUGCCAAUUGAAAGUGUCACCUGUCCAGACAAACUAUUCGCCUGAUGGCCGAACCAUCCUGUACACAAGUGCAGGGAAGCAAAUGUUUGUGCUGGCCUAUGGCAAAGAGGGAGACGAAACGAAAGAGCAGUGGCAUUUGUCUGACAAAGAUCCAAUAAUGGCCUCGACUGCUACGUUCAACCACGUUGGCGAUGGUAUCAUCCUCACUCACCAGACGGAGCAUACCAUUCGGAUCUUGGAAUACCCAUCGCUAUCACCAAUACACAGUACACCGGCACACGUUGGGGGCUGCUUGGCUGCUGCGCUCGAUCCGCGAGGCAGAUACCUCGCGUCUGGCGGCAACGAUUCAAUUGUGAACCUGUUCGACCUCUCCGAAUGGAUAUGCACGCGGACGAUCACCGUUUGCGACCAUGCGAUAACCGCACUCAGCUUUUCUUAUGACGGCGAAUUUAUCGCAAUCGCCAAUACAGGAUCGUACAUCGACAUCUGCGCGACAGAGACAGGCAUUCCUCUGCACCGUGUCCCGGCGCUCGGGGCUUCGCCAACUGUGCAAUGGCAUCCUUCGAAAUACGUGAUCGCGUACUGCGGGCAGACCAAAAUCAGGGAAGGUGGCCCUCCACCUUCAGCUUGGAUCAGCUUGUUUGGCCCCGGCAUGUAA